GCUCACCUCAGAACGCAGUCAGGUCCGCGGAGCAGCGAGUUGACCGUCUCGUGUUCUGCCCUAAAGAUCCGAAUAGUCAGCAGUACGGGAAACGAAGCGCCGAAGUUGCUCAGGAGCUGAAGACGGGCCGCUUCCCUCCUUCCUUGGCCCUUACUGGUGUCCUCUCUAAGGCCCAAGCGCGGUCCAGGCGGCAGCGCGCUCACGAGCUCGCCGCUUGCGGCGUUCGCGCGCACGCACGCUUGUGCGCACGUUCCCUGAGAACCCGGAAGUGCGAGGGAGAGGAGAGCCACGUGGGUGGAGCUGGAUCGCAGCUCGCAUGGGGGAGUCUAUCCCGCUGGCAGCCCCGGUCCCGGUGGAACAGGCGGUGCUGGAGACGUUCUUCUCUCACCUGGGUAUCUUCUCUUACGACAAGGCCAAGGACAAUGUGGACAAGGAGCGAGAGGCCAACAAGAGCGCGGGGGGCAGCUGGCUGUCGCUGCUGGCGGCCUUGGCCCACCUGGCCGCGGCCGAGAAGGUCUAUCACAGCCUCACCUACCUGGGGCAAAAACUAGGGGGCCAGUCCUUCUUCAGCAGGAAGGAUUCCAUCCGCACCAUCUACACUUCCCUGCACAACGAGCUGAAGAAGGUGGUGACUGGCCGCGGUGCACUAGGUGGGACCGCCCCUCACGUGGAAGAACUGCUUUCCCACCUGUCAGAGCAGCUCUGCUUCUUCGUUCAGGCCCGGAUGGAGAUCGCAGACUUCUACGAGAAGAUGUACACCCUCAGCCCGCAGAAGUUCAUCAAUGCUGAAGAGCUCGUUGGCCUCUUGGACACCAUCCUCAAGAAGUACAGCUCCAGAUUUCACCACCCCAUCCUCAGUCCUUUGGAAAGCAGUUUCCAGCUGGAAGUCGACGUCCUGAGUCAUCUCCUGAAGGCCCAGGCUCAGGUCUCCGAGUGGAAGUUCCUCCCGUCUCUGGUGAACUUGCACAGUGCUCACACCAAGCUGCAGACUUGGGGCCAGAUCUUUGAAAAGCAGCGGGAGACCAAGAAACAUCUGUUUGGAGGGCAGUCUCAGAAGGCCGUUCAGCCCCCACACCUUUUCCUUUGGCUGAUGAAACUCAAAAACAUGCUUCUUGCCAAGUUUAGCUUUUACUUUCACGAGGCAUUGAGCCGACAAACGACUCCUUCAGAAAUGAAAACGUUGACUGCAAAAGCCAACCCAGACUUCUUUGGGAAGAUUUCCAGCUUCAUCAGGAAGUAUGAUGCUGCCAAUGUGUCCUUAAUCUUUGACAACCGAGGUUCCGAGAGCUUUCAGGGUCACGGCUAUCACCACCCCCAUUCCUACAGAGAGGCCCCUAAGGGUGUGGACCAGUAUCCAGCUGUGGUGUCUCUGCCCAGCGACAGGCCGGUCAUGCACUGGCCCAAUGUCAUCAUGAUCAUGACAGACCGCAUGUCCGACCUGAACAGCUUGGAGAAAGUGGUCCACUUCUAUGAUGACAAAGUUCAGAGCACCUACUUCCUAACCCGCCCAGAACCUCACUUUACCAUUGUUGUCAUCUUUGAGUCAAAGAAAUCUGAAAGAGACUCCCACUUUAUUUCCUUCCUCAAUGAGCUCUCACUUGCCCUUAAGAACCCCAAAGUUUUUGCAAGUCUGAAACCUGGCUCCAAAGGCUAGCAGGUGAUUUGUGGGAAAGGUUUUCAAGACUGGAAAUUGUGUUCUUAAUUGCUCUUAUGAUCUACUGUGGUCUAUGAUUAGAGUUUCCAUUUAUUCAUGCUUCUCCCAGAGCUAAAUUAGAGACAGAUCCUCCCUAAUUGUGUCGCACACUUUAUAAGCAAUUAAGGCCAAUUGAAUUAAGUAUCCAAAGAGUAAUCUAGGAAGUGAUCAUGACUACUGUGUAUAACCAUGGUACAGCGAAGUACUUUCAGUACUUUCUCCUAUUUUCCUGUAUUUCACGUAGACUGAAUAUUUAUUAGCCUUUGAUUUUUCUUUCCACAUGUUUUAUAUUGUUCUAAACUUUCUGUGUUAAUGCAAUUCCAAAUGCUUUCUCCUUUCCCUUCCUUCCGGGAUGAGUAAUUGGGAUAAGAUAUUAAAUGGCCUUUUCAGAAUCAA